UACCUCCUAAAUAACCCCUAGUUCGUAUCUGAAAGUAGUUCUUCCCUUAACUAAGAUUACCUGUCCCCCUUAAUUGCUCCCUACACUUCCAUAGUAUAGGUCUGCGGACCAACAAUUGCCUUCUUAAUAACUUGCUGUACUUAUAUAAGCUGUCGAACUCGCCUUUUAUCUAACACCUCUUUUCCUUUUUUAACUCAAUACGUGUCAUGAAGUCGAUUAUAGCAAGAGAUACAGGUUUUUCAGCUAGUAAAAGCGUCUAUAGAUCGAUAUUACUUACACGUUAAGCAGCGAAUAAGGUAAAAAAAGCAAGUGUCUUUCCCGCUAAACCUAAUAGCUGAAGGUACGCGGUGGCAAGGAAUACACUCUAUUUUUAAUAGGUAAAGGUAGGUACAGGUAGGUAAAGAUAAAGGUAUAAGCAAAGGACCGAUUUUGAUAUUCCUGCACGGGCCACAAUUAGUCACCUGACUAGUAUUUUUUACGAAUUCUACGGAAGAUUACACAACAUAAGAUAGAAAGAAGAGUGGGGUACUAAAGGUGGUUGGCCGUAAUACUUAUUCUCGCGCUUUUACCUGGAGACAUUGACAACUUUAUUCGUACUGGGUUCCGAGCUCCUGAAACGACCAAACGGUGUUCUCUGCCAACCAAUACUUCUACUGGGCGCGUUGCAUGGGCGAUUCCGCCUAGCAUUCAACAUGGCCACGAUUGUUGUCGCUGAUGGAAUGUGUUGUUGUGAUGUGACGCGACUCAAGAGGAAACGGCCGAGGUCCAGGCCACUGCCUCAAGUCGAACAAUGCCAAGACACUGCUUGUGGCUGUAAGCCACUUUCCACCAUUUGGCCUCUUUUCAACCGCCGUUGUCACCUCAUCACAUUCUUCCAAAAGAGGAGCCCAGUCAUGCCUUGGAUCCGGAUGGUUUCGAAAGGAUGAGGCGUAUACAGCAGAGAGUAGCGGGAGUUGCUCUUUUCAUCUCCAUUGCCCUCUUCUACCUCUGGUACACGUCGGAAACCAAACUAGAUGUUCUCACAUAUGAUUCCAAAAAGGAAAUCCCCGCCAAGCAAAGCCCGUCCAACUCAAUACCAACGAGCAUUAUACAUGCAGAUGAGUCUUUCAUAACUUCCGUCGCCGUCCCACAAGUUUCUCAACAUGAGACGGUUGAAACGACGUUGCCAGAACCACAAUUGGCUCAGCCAACAACACCAGCAAGUCCGGUUCUGAGUCCCAAGCCUACGCAUUCUCCAGCGGCGGAAUGUAUGGGUUACGAAAGUCUUCAAAGAAGUCGCAAGAAGCCAUGGUCUGGGGGCUCACGGCAAUUUCCUUAUUCUCGGCCGGCCCCUGAAUGUCGAACUUUCAAUCUACCGGCAAUGGAGCAGCUCAUUGAGAAGAUGAGAGGGGUUAUCAAAGAUCCUGAUCUCUUCAGGCUAUUUGAGAACACCUACCCAAAUACUCUUGAUACAAUGAUCAAGUGGAGGGGCUAUGCUAAGGAUAUUGGAGAGGAUGGUGUGGAAGGGAAUGUGACGGAUGAGGAACUAACUUAUGUUAUUACUGGUGAUAUCGAUGCUAUGUGGCUACGAGAUUCAGCUUCUCAAGUCCUCUCGUACUUGCCUCUUCUUGAAGCGUCGAAUGACAAAGACUCGCUUGCAAGCCUGUGGCGAGGCCUCAUCAACAUUCAUGCUCGAUACAUUAUCAUUUCGCCGUACUGUCAUAGUUUUCAGCCGCCACCUGAGUCUGGUGUUCCUCCUACUCACAAUGGAGCUUAUACCCAGAAUCAUCCCAUGCCCCCUUAUGACCCAGUCAAGGUGUUCGAUUGCAAGUGGGAACUGGAUUCUCUAGCUUCUUUCCUUCAGAUAUCAGUCGCUUACUUUGAACGUACCAAAGAUAUCGAGUUUUUCCAGAAAUACAACUGGAUCCCUGCGGUCAAAGCUGCACUUAAUGCCGCUGGCGCCAUGAGACUCGGCACUUACUCGAAAGACGGGAAAGUCGAACCGUCGGCAUGGACAUUUACUGGAUGGACCAACAGAGGAUCAGAAACACUCACUAAUGAUGGGCUUGGAAAUCCAACCAAGGAAAAUGGGAUGGUCAGAACUGCUUUUCGUCCUUCAGAUGAUGCUUGUAUCUACCAGUUACUUGUCCCAGCCAACAUGAUGUGGGCAAAGUAUCUAGAAGACGGGUCUAUGAUCAUGGAGCACCUGACAGGAGACGAUGCCAAGAACCUCACCACAGCGAUGCGUGACUUCGCAUUCGGCAUCAGAAAAGGCAUUGACCAAGACGCAAUUGUGCAUCACCGCGAUUUCGGAGACAUCUUUGCUUAUGAGAUCGACGGAUUCGGGGGCUCGAAUCUGAUGGAUGAUGCAAAUGUCCCCUCUUUACUGGCAAUGCCUCUCUGGAACUACUCGGAAUCCGCUUUCAAGCUUCCUCCACUCCCACAAGGCGAGCAGCCUAAGAAUUACGAGGAAAUUUAUGCCAAUACGAGACGCUUUGUUCUUAGCGAUAGCAACCCAUAUUUCAUGAAGGGCCCAGUCAUCUCAGCUAUUGGAGGUCCGCAUGUCGGUCCUGGAAAGGCUUGGCCUAUGGCGGCCAUAAUUCGCGCAAUCACAUCGUUCUCUACCCUCGGUUCGUCAGCGACAAAUAGUCUUGACAAAGUCUCGAAGAAAGAUAUUGAAGAAGAAGUCAAGCAGCAAAUAAGAAUGGUAUUGAAUUCAACAGAUGGAUCUGGGGUAAUACACGAGAGCGUCAACACAUUUAACGAGGGCAUAUGGAGCAGAGCUUGGUUCGGAUGGGCGAAUGGGUUAUUUGGAGAGUUGAUGAUCAAGGUUGCCGAGGAAGACCAGAAGGAAGGGAGGAAUCCUGGUUGGUUAGGAGAAAGCUGGCAAUAGGAUUACUUUUGAAUUGUCUGAUUAUUGUAUUUUAAUGACUUUCUAUGGUUUCAUUGUGGAGUUAGUGGAGAUUAGGAAUAUGUUAUUUAUUCAUCAACUUUAGUCAGUCCCAUCUGG